CCCCCUUUUACAACAAGUGCUAGGAUGCACGGUUAAAAGACCUCUGAGGGGAGGAGGUGUCUGCAGAGGGAAGGAGGGGAAAUCAGGGGGAACUGAUGCAGUGAGGUGAGACAGUAUGUUGUCCGUGCAUGUGUUCACCUCAUGCGCUCAAACUCAGAAUGUUCAUAUCUACGUCCAUCUUGGUACUUUGUGCAAAAGCAGGCAAAAGUAUGUCAAGUAACACGCACAAGCAUUUUGACUCUCCGUUAACAUGGACAUACAGUCCUCAUUCUGGUGGCAGGGUGUUUGGUGCUCUGCCGAAACUCCUCAAGCUGAAUCGCCCCCACACGACUCCCAGUUCAUCAUGUCCAGGAAGGUUGUGAGGUCCAGUAAGUUCCGUCACGUCUUUGGUCAGGCUUACAAAGCUGACCAAUGCUACGAUGACAUCCGAAUCUCCCAGAUGACAUGGGACAGCAACUUCUGUUCUGUUAACCCCAAGUUUGUGGCCAUGAUUGUGGACGCCAGCGGUGGAGGCGCCUUCAUUGUGCUGCCCCUGAGCAAGACAGGACGUAUCGACAUGUCCUACCCCACUGUGUGCGGCCACACGGGACCUGUCCUGGACAUCGAGUUCUGUCCUCACAAUGACAACAUCAUUGCCAGUGGCUCCGAGGACUGCAGUGUCAUGAUUUGGGAGAUCCCAGACAGCGGGCUGACCACGCCGCUCACAGAUCCUGUUGUCAAACUGGACGGCCACACCAAACGUGUUGGCAUCCUGAGCUGGCACCCCACCGCCCACAAUGUGCUGAUGAGUGCAGGUUGCGAUAACCUGGUGAUCCUGUGGAACGUGGCUCGCGGGGAGGAGGUGGUGAGGAUCGACAUUCACACUGACCUCAUCUACAGCGCCUGCUGGAACCGGGAUGGCUCCCAGAUUCUCACCUCCUGCAAGGACAAGACUAUGAGGGUGCUGGACCCACGUAAAGGCACCGUUCUGCAUGAGAAGGAGAAGCCUCAUGAGGGCUCUAGGCCUGUCAGGGCUGUGUUCGCGUCUGACGGGAAGAUCUUUAGUACCGGUUUCAGUCGCAUGAGUGAGAGACAGGUGGCGCUGUGGGACCCGAAGAACUUUGGUGAGCCGCUGACCUUGCAGGAGCUGGACACCAGUAGUGGUGUCCUUCUGCCAUUUUUUGACCCAGACACUGGCAUCGUCUACCUUUGUGGCAAGGGUGACAGCAGCAUCCGUUACUUUGAGGUGACAGAUGAAGCUCCUUACGUCCACUUCCUGUCCCAGUACAGCAGCAAGGAGAGCCAGAAGGGGAUGGGAUACAUGCCCAAGAGAGGCUUGGAGGUCAACAAAUGUGAAAUUGCGAGGUUCUACAAACUCCAUGAGAGGAAAUGUGAGCCCAUAGUCAUGACGGUGCCACGCAAGUCUGAUCUGUUCCAGGAGGACCUUUACCCAGACACCAUCGGUCCAGAUCCUUCAGUCGAGGCUGACGAGUGGUUUCAAGGAAAAGAUGGCCAGCCUAUUCUGAUCUCUCUGAAAGACGGGUUUGUAGCCACCACCAAGGCCAAGGAGUUCAAAGUUCACAAGAGUCUCCUGAAGACCACGACUGCCGCAGCUGUGACUUCAUCGGACAACAGCGGGGAGGUCCAGUCCUUGAGAAAGGAGGUGAAAGACCUCAAAGCAGCGAUUGAGGAGCUGACCAAUCGUGUGAAGGAGCUGGAGACCAAGCAUUAAACGAGAUGUGUUUGAGUUUGGUAAACAAAAUCAAAAAAAUUAAAAGCAGAAGUCAGGAGACGAACAACGACAGACUGGCUGUUGUAAAUCUGAUUUUAGUGAGACAAAGGGAGAGAUUGAAACCUGCAGUUGUUAUGAAACUUCAUUUUUCUUUGGCUUGAAGCUUGAAUUUGUUUAUUUGGUUUGUCUGAUCAAUUUUUAAAAUUCGUAUUUUAAUAUAUGCGUUUAGUUUUAAAUAAAAUCAUCUGUAUUUUCAAAA